AUGCCACCCCGCCCAUCUGUUCUCCUGCGACCAUUCGCUUCACUCUUGACUCCUCUGCCAGCGACCUUCAGCGUGCCAUACGUCUGCCACUCAUGUCUCCGUCGCACAGUACUUGCACCUCCGCGGCGCAUACAACAAAUCUCUCACUUCCAUGCUUCGACCCCACGAUGUGCCGAUUCGCUGAAAAACCAUUAUGAAACGCUGCACUUAACAUCGAGCGCUUCUGCAUCUGAGAUUAAACGCCAGUUCUACACAUUGUCCAAGAAAAACCACCCAGACCAUAACCGCAAUGAUCCCGACGCCUCCACACGCUUUGUCGCGAUAAGUGAAGCAUACCAUGUGCUUUCUGUCCCCGAAAAGCGUGCACAGUACGAUGCGCAGCUGGAGUCUGCGCAGCGACAAUCGCGCUGGGGCAAGGGUGGCAACGACAUUCCCCAAGGGAGUUAUAGCUCGGCCGCAUUCGGGUCCCGCCCAGCGAGCGGGCUAAACAAGAAACGCAGCACCUUCCGAGGCCCUCCACCAUCGUUUUACAAAUCAGGGGGCUACGGGAGACACGGCGCGAAGAGAGCCGAAUACGCAUAUUCGAGCCCGCAUUCAGAAGGGGCAAAUGCCAAGGACGCAGGCCAGGAAAGCUACGGCGACUAUGGCGGCUUUGGGCCUGGCCAGCAGAGCCAGGGUAAUGCGGUCCCGCACUUUAACGACCAGCAGCAUAGAGAGAUGCACGAAAAUGUACAAGAACACAUAUGGGCCCGACGGAGAAAGAUGCAUGGGACAGUCAAAGUGGAACAAGAGUGGGAAAAGGGCAAUAUGCUCGCCAACUUUAUCAUGGUGUCGGGCGUUAUUGCGCUCGCUGGGCUGACGGCAAACAUUUUUGGUGAUCGCCACGAUGGGCAUACUACUACUACCAAGAGGAAAGAAACCACCUGA